CAAACUCAGCGGCCUCGCUCACUUGCUGGCUCUCUCGCUCGCUCGCUCCCUCUCCACCAGAAACCCGUACUUUGACGUCCGAGACUCGGACUGCAUUUCGACUGUUGCAUCUCCCCAAUACGCGCACAAACACGGACAGCAGCGAACAAGAGAUUAGAAGGCUGAGUGAGAGAGAAUAUCCCACUCCCCGGAGCUUCCCGUCGGUGAGUGGACAGAGGGAUGUCGGAUACCGGCUGUGAGCUGCUGGCGUUCCUGGUGAGCCUGGUGGGAUGGGUGUGUGCGUGUGCGGUGACGGGAAUGCCUCAGUGGAAGGUGACCCCGUUUAUAGGCCAUACCAUCCUGAACACGGAGGCGGUGUGGGAGGGAAUCUGGAUGACGUGCGUUUACCAGGAGAUGACGGCCAGGAUGAUGUGUGACGUGUAUGACUCUCUCCUCGACCUCCCCGCUGACCUGCGCUGGGCCCGAGCCUUGACCGCCACCGCCAUCGCUGUGGGGCUGCUGGGCAUCGUCGUGACCCUGUUGGGCAUGAAGUGUACGACCUGCGGUGGGGGUGACCGGAACGUGAAAGGUCACGCCGCGGCGCUGGGUGGGGCGCUGUUUGUCAUGGCCGGGCUGUGCGUGCUGCUGCCCGUGUCCUGGGCGGCUCAUACCGUGGUAGUGGAUUUCUACAGCCCGCUGGUGCCGGAUAGCCGCAAACAGGAGCUGGGUCGGGCCCUGUACCUGGGCUGGACUGCGGCCUUUCUGCUAGGCCUGGGGGGUGCCGUGCUCUGCUGCUCCUGUCCCGCACAGCUCGGGUGGGGGGACGUGGGGUCGGCCCGUGCAGCACGAGGCUCCGCUCCCACUAAGAGCCAGACAGCCAGUUACUCCAUGAGGGAAUACGUGUGAAUGCUCAGCUCCACACACCCGGUUUGCUCCACAAUCCACUCCGCCUCCUCUCUGCUCUCACUCCAGCACUGGCUCCUCUCUGACUCCACACGAUUCCGCUCCGCCUUGAACAUCUGCAUGACAUGGACACAAACUGCAUCCCGGGAAACGUCACUUCCAUUUGAUAUUCAAAUGUAAACGUGUUUUAAUAAUGAUUACCUGAAUGUUUGGAAACAAAUCAACAAUAAACCCACUAUCCUC